CUUCUGAUUUGUCAUUCCAACUAAUAAGAAAGCAACUUAAUGGUUUGAAGUCUUCAGUAACUGAAAAAAGAUUUGAUUUGCAAAGCGACGAAAUACUCGAUACUCUGUCUACAGAGGUUUUAUUAGGAAAAACGUUAAAUGAAAUAGUACCAGAGCUGCCAAUGGAAACGUCCAGUGCCAAUGCAAAUGCUUCAACUGAGGAAAUGGAGGUUUCAACAAGGAACUCGUCAUGUCGAACCCAGCCUCACGAAUUCUCACUGAAGAGGUCUAGGGACCUAUCGGUUGAAGGGGAAUUAGGAGAUCCAUUAGAGAAGAGAGCAAAGGUCUUCCUACAGGAAACUGGCACAGUGGAUCAGGAAAAGGAAAUUAUUUCAUCACCAGCUGUGAUGACACAAGUAACACGAGACAUGCCACUUGAGACUGCAACAGAAGGAACUAUGGCAGAAUCAAAAGUAAAAUCCGGGAUCUCACCUACUGAAGAUAAGUCAGAUCAAGCAGUAGAGAAAGAUUUGGUCAUAUCUGAGGCGAAAAUAACCAACGAAAAAUCCACAGAUCUUAACCCUGAUGAAGAAUCGGAAUCUAUAUCAAGGAAUUGUUCAAGUCGAACCCGAAUUGAUGAAUUCUCACUGAAUUCAGUGAGAAUUGAAGGAGAUUCAGGAGGCCCAGUAGAGGUCUCUCUGCAGGAAACUGGCACAGCAGGGAAGGGAGAGGAAAUGAAUACCACUUCACCAGCUACAAUGGCACCAGCAACACAAGGCAUGCAAACUGAGACGGCAUCAGAAGGAACUAUGACAGAAGCAAAUAUAAAAUCCGGGAUCUCAUCUACUGAAGACAAGUCAGAAGAUCAAGAAACAGAGAAAGUAGUGAUACCUGAGACCAGAACGAAUAGUGAGAAAUCUGCUACAACUGAGGAAUCAGAGAAAGCAUCUCAGACUCUCUCGUCUCAACCUAGUGAACAGCAAACCACAUUCUCUGAAAAUAAAAAACCUCUAACCAUGGUUUUCAGAAGUCUGUAUUCAACACCAGUGAGCUCUCAGUCACCAGAAAAGAACUGUUCUGACAGGAAUAACAAAUGUUCAAUUUGUGGAAAAAAUAAUUGUCCUUUAGAUCCCAAAAGGACUUCGAAAAUGUCUUCUACUUCUGUGUCCUCCAGAUCACUUGCUAGAAAGAAGAAAUCUCCAGUGAAGGCAAAGUUAUCGAAAGUUAAUGCCAAGAAGAUGAAGAAAGAAAAGAAGGAAAGAGAAAGAAAAGGCAUUAAUACCAGAAGUGAAACGAGUGAAUUGGUUAAACGCAUCGCUAACCAUUCAUCACUCCACAUCUUCAAAUUAAAGGCUGAGCUCUUCAGGGCAGUGGAAAAUGGAGACUUGGCAAGAAUGCAGGAACUGAUUCAAGACACAGGAGCAGCUGUGAGGAGAAGCAAGACCAGAUGCACACUCCUUCAUGCUGCAGCGUCUCACAACCAAGCGGAUGUGGUGAUGUUUCUGCUGAAAUUGAUCAGUCCCAAUAUUACCAACAAGGAGGGACAGACUCCAGCUCACGUGGCCGCUGAAAAGGGUCACACGCAAGUGCUGAAACUUCUAGUGCGUGACCCUGACUUCGAUGCCGACAAACGGGAUAAUCGCCAGAACUCAGUAAAAUCGCUGCUUGGUAGCCACUUGUUCAAGGCAGUUUUGGAAGGAAACAAGAGAGAAGCAGAAAGACUGUUGGCAGUUGGUGCAGACCCAGACAGUCACGGCGGAAAGCUGGUGGAUGGACUGUUGGCACGAGAGCUUGGAGUGACAACGCCUCGCCUGCUGGCCAAUGCCCUGAACAUGAAGUCGAUUGCGGCAAUGUUUGCUAAGAAAACAAGAAAUAACAAAGAAACUGUUCUCACAAGUUCACCGACAUCAGCAGUUUUAAGCGCAUCAGAACCUAAAGUCUCAACACGACAGUUCAAUGUGAGACAGGCAACAACUAUUCAAGGAGGUGCUGAUGUGUACAAGAUGGACAAGGAGGCACGAGGCUUUGUUCGCAUCUUGAACUUCAGUUGUUUCAAGGACAGAUCCGACCUGAACCUUCAGCAACUCGACUACGAUGCUCGCAUAAUGUCAGAUGUAUUUGAUAAGAUGGGAUACAUGUGUGAAACACACUCGUCACUCACGGCUCAGCAGACUAAGGAAGUUCUGAAUAUUAGGAACGCAGAUGUGCUGACGGACGUCGGAUGUGCUAUAUUUGUCAUAUCUGGCUAUGGUGUAAAUGGCGGAAAGAUUCUCACAUCUGACAUGCAGUGUGUCGACACAGACUACAUUUUGAAUCUCUUCAAAGAUUCCGAAUGUCCUCAGCUCAAAAACAAACCCAAACUUUUCAUCUUUAAUUUGUUCAAAACAAGUGAAGCUAUUACGAGUUCAAGAAGUGAAUCUCCGAAAGUGGUGAGAUUGGCAGAUCCUCUCAAGGACAUGGCUUGUAUAUAUUCCAACAGCAUCGGUCUCGACUGCGUCCCGAAUGGGAAAGGAACCUCCUUCAGCUGGUCCUUGUGUCGCGCUUUGGCAGACCAUUCUGCUGAGCAGGAACUCGGUGACCUCUACCGAGAAUUCCUGAAGGAGUACAGCAGGAGCUCUCCUUCUUCGUCACCCGAGUUGAGGUACUUCGGCUUCACAAAGAAGUUUUUUUUUAAUCCACUGUAACUGUAACGCAAGUUCAUUUUUUAAAGUGUGGAAUUAAUUUUAGUUGUUAUUCUAAAACCAAUGUACGUUACUUAUCUAAGCAUCACAUCUUUAUAAUCUGUUCCAGUUUUUUUUUCUAGCAAAAAUACUCAGCAGUCAUUCAAACGUUGGGCAU